AUGACCAGCAGUUUGGAGGCCUUCCAGGAGCCGCUGAUGCUCCGGCUGCUCCACGAGCACGACGGCGAGCUCGGGCCGGCUGAGGGCCGCGAGAGACGUGAGGAGCCCGAGGAGCCGGACGAGCCCGAGGAAGCCGAGGAGCCCGACGAGCCCCCGGAGCCUCACGUUCCCCACGGGUCCCGCAGACCCGCCGAGCCCUGCGAGCCCCAGCACGCGCCCCACCGGCGCCGCGAGCCCCCGGCGCCCCGCGCCUGCCGAGAAGCCCGCCAGCCCAAAGUCCUGUGGCCGUGCUCGGUGCUGGUGUCGCCCUCUCUGAUCCGCAGAGCCUCGCCCCGGCCACAAGCAGGGAGCUGGAUGGGAAUGAAUCCUGUUACCUGUGACUUUGUAAAGAAAAGUUUCAUUUCCAGGAAGCGAAUGCAAGACCUUUCUAGGCCUAAAAGACAAUGGGGAACACCAGAUAGGAAGCUGUUUUGGGGUAAUCAGGAUCCUAUCCGCCCUGUUUCCAGGAGCGCAUUGGCAGCUCAGCUCACCCACAGGCUCGAGGAUCUCUCUCAGCCCAAGAAACUCUCCCAGCACUAUGUGCCAAACAGGGAUCAAUAUUACUAUAGCUGUGGAAGAGCGUCUGUCAUUUGGAAGAUCUCUCCUCCUGCGUUGUUUUCCCAACCUUCUAGAAGGAUCCAGAGACUGUCCCAACCCAAUAGGUUCAAAAUGCAGUGUCUGCUGGACAGGCCCUUCAGCGACUUCUCGACGAUCAGAGAUUCUCUCCGAAUCUCUGACCCCUCGCCCCGGAUCUUACGACUCUCCAUAGCCAAAGGCACCAACCCAGACUACCUUCCUCCAAAAGACAUUAAAACCAAGAUACCAAUUUCUACCCUGCACGCAAUUGCAACUCCAAGAAUCGUGGACCUGGCGCACCCGAGGAGGAAGCUGGAGGGGCUGUGCUACGAGCGGGAGCGCAGCGAGAGGCCCAUCCGCCCGGUAGCCCUCGCCGCCCUGCUCGCCACGCCUAGCCCUCGGAUCACAGCGCUAGCCAAGUCCAGGCCGCUUCACCAGGAGUAUCUGCCGGCUCGCAGCGCGUGCUGGUCGGUAUCCCACGCAGCUGCUCACUCCAAAGUGUCUCCCAGAGUUCAGGAGCUCGCCAGUCCCAGUACGAGGUCACCAGUGCACGUUGUGUAUUAUGACCCAGACGUCUUCAAAGUCAAACCGCAGGCCUUGAAGGCACAGUGUUCUCCGAGGGUCCAGGAACUGGCACAACCUCUUACACGCUAAGUCCACCGGACACCACUCACCUGUCUCAAAUGCAGAGAAAAUACCUCACAUGGCUCCCUACUCUGGGAUGUCACUUCCUAUAGACCCAAUUUGGGCCCAAGAAUGUGGGCCCUGGGGACCACCACUGUCAUGGGCAGGUAGCCCAGUUUCCCAGGAUGGUAUCUUGAGCCAAGUCUGGGACGUCUGGCAUGCAAAUAA